UGGUGGUGGUGGUGGUGGGUGAUGGGUGGUGGUGGGAGAGGUUCGCGAGUUUUGAUUCGCGGCUCCGGCCGACAUCCGAACCAAGUUCCCCUCCGUCGACGAGCGCCGUGAGGUUUGUCAACAACAACAACGACAACAACAACAACGAGCACGAGGAGCGACGCGUCUCGCGGCCCCCGGGGGGUGGCGACCGUUCACCCCCCGAGGUGACGAGGGAGCCCUGCGGCGGCGGACAGAGUCGCCUGCCUACCGCCACUUCACUCCUGCCUGCAUGGAGCCCUUUUCCUCGCUGCUGCUGUCGGACAGAAUUUGGGUGCCCCAUGCCUACCGCUGGGACAAGCUGGACUGCACGUGCCACCUGAUUGCGGUGCGAGCCGGACACCUAAACUCUCUGCUGGAAAUAGUGUACGCAGAGGCAGAGUCUGGGACCGAACGUGGGACCCAGGCAGAGUCUUGCUGCACCACACCUGCUGCUACUGCCGACACUGGUUCUCGUGUCGAGCUCAGCUGUGGUCUGAGCGUCGUAGCUGAGGCUGGCACUGAUGGCAAUGCCAUGAAUAAGGAUGUCAAGAAAGAGAAGAACUGCUGCUGCUGCGUCAGCACAAAUGAAGAUGAUAACAGUGCUCCACCAAUCAACAGCACAGAGAAAGAGGACACCACCAUCAGCACUCAGACAGAAAGAGAGAUAUUCAAACAUUGCUGCCAAAUAGAUAAAAAUGAUCUAAACAUAAUAAAAAACCCUGCCAUUGCUAGAGAUGCUGAGAGUAAUACGAAGCAAGUGCUUCCAGGCUGCAUAAUGCAAAAUGAAAGUAAUCAUCCAGAUGUCACUUAUCCCAUAUACAAACUGAUGGGUAAUGACCAGAGUCAAAACACCACCAAUCUGCAAGGUGGAAACAUUGACACGAAAGAGUUGUGCAGUUCCAGCAGUUUCCAAGCAGCAGAGAAAGCAAAUGUCCCAAACUAUCCCAUUUUCAAGACUGGGACAGAUGUAAACGUUGAACAGAGUUGGUGGAAGAGUGACAAAGCGCUGCACCUUCUCUGGUUAGUAAAACUCAAAGCAGCACAACGCAGCACCCUGGAAGGAUCAGACCUUGAGAAAAUGGAGAGAGCCAGAAUUGCAUGGGAAGCAGCCGAGGUUUCUAUGAAAGGAUCAGAGUGUGUUCCACGAGUGACAGGGACUGGGUAUAAUACAGUUGUGCCUUCGAUAAGAUGGUCAGAUUAUGUGGAGAAAUCGGAAAAGCUGACAAAAGAUUAUGUGAGCCUUGCAGAGAAACAAGAGAAACAUGAAAAGGAAUUCAAAGUUGGAAAUUUAAGAGAAGAAACUGACCAAAAAGAUGAGGAGACCAGAUUGGAAGAGGAUGAGUCUAGGAUGCAGCAGAACAGCCUUGACCACCUGUUCCAGAUGAUGGACUGCUACUCCAGUUUACCUAUAAUGCAGGAAAACACAACAUCUGGAGAGAUAGGAGGUGAUACAAUGAGAGUUGGGACCUCUGCUGAUGGGGACAAGCCCGAGAAAGUGGAGGCAGGAUGCAAGGGGAAUGAGCCAUACUUGAAUGCCAACCCCUCAGUCAAGGUGCAGGCUCCCGUUUAUGGUUCCCCAUGUGCCACCACAUCCCAGCGCCUCUACCAGUGGAUGCCAUCCAACCAGUUCACCUGUAUCCAGACCGUCUACCUGUCUCAAUCACUCUACGGCACCCUCGUCUACCACCCGUCGAUGUUCACUGUGCCCAGCUAUACCAUGGGCAGUGGCAAAUUGGCAUUCAAUUCCUUUAGCCAAAUGCAGUAUGUGGUGCCAGGCCAGGUGCCACCCACACGAAGUGGAUGCAUGCAGUCUGUCAUAAAUUGGCAGGAGCAGUGCGCACCAUACAACAACGUGGUCUAUCAACCAACUGGCUGUAACCAGAAGCAGGGAAAUGUUGUUUUCUCACCAUACAUUAGAGAUGCGUGGAUCAGAGGUACUAGACCAUAGCAGUAGUUGGGUACAUCUACAUGGAGAGAUGGACCCUGCAGACGUGAUUAAGGUUACACAUAUUCUUGGAUCUUUCGGUACGUGACUUUACCGAAAGAUCCAAGAAUAUGAAUCCCUGCAGUCACGAAAGCUUUAAAUCGAAAUUUAAGGUUACACAAUUAAGAAAAUUGUCACCUGGGCAGGCUAGAACAGGACUUCUUCAUAAAAGAGGAAUGUAUUACAUUCAGUGGCUGCUUCAAUGAGUGAAAGUUGUAUUGAUGUCAUUUAUCUGGCCAUUAAAGAAGGGAAAUGUGAGUAAUUUUCUAAAUUGCAUUUGGCUAUGGUGGGGUGCCCAACAGAUAUGUAGUGGAGACCAUGCUCUGAUCGGAUUCUCUCAAACGUAAUUCAUGCCCACAUCUUAUAUGUAGGUAGCUAUUUAACUUACGUCCACCAAAGUCUCCUUCACUGGUCACUUGUAUUAAAUACAGAUAAACUCAUUUUCCUACUCCUGGUACACCUCAUAGCCACAAUUAUUUCAUUUAGAGUACUGUACGCUGUGGAGGAAAUUACAGUACCUAAUAAUUAUAUAUAAGAUUGUUUCUUCUAAAUACUCUCCCUGGAUGUCUGGUUACUGAGCUGAGUGACCCUGUGGCUAAAACUGAAACACGACUGUAAUGCUGAACUUGGUUUACUUUAGGCCCAGAAAUAUAUAUGCACACAAUUGAACAGUAUUCACUAUUUAACGGUGUUUUCAGCUGACCUUCCAGCUGUUAUUUUGUUUAAGAAUUUGCACAUGACAAAGUUUUUGUGUAAUUAGUUCAUAUUGAUGGUUUUUGCCAUGAUACUGUAUAACCAAUCUAAAUUCUCAAAAAUAUAGUAAUUUUGAGCAUAAUCUCCUUGUACGACUCCCUUUCUGAUUUGUACUUUGCUUUAAUGUUAGUACAGACUAAAGGUGACAUUUCCUUCUUUGUCAAUCGUUUUACAAUGUCCAUAUUUUUAAGGUAAUGGAGUGGCUGGAUUGGUUUCCACUUCGUAAAAUAAAAGUUUUUAAAACAUG